UUCCAACUGGAUCAUUUUAACGCGCGGCUGGUGUCUAAACCGUUAAUUUUCUCCUUCCACUGGAAAACAAUAUUCCUCCGCGUCUCCGGUUUCCCCUGUAAUCUUUUCCCUUCCACCGGCAUUUUCGUCACGCUGAUUUCUUAUAACCGUGUUGACGUUGGCUAUCUAACGCUACAUACUUUAUAUAUAUAUAUAUAGGAUUGUGUACAUAUAUGCAACCGCCACGGUGAUUCGGCGAUGAGCAGUUCCGAUCAUCAUCUGCACAGUAAGAAGGUGGUACAGCGAUCAUGCACAUCCUACACGUUCCGCCAUCCCGAAUACACCACCACCAGCAGUCGGAUGAAUCAUUACUCACCAGGCUCGGGAUCCCGCGACGCAUAUCCUUACACGAUGGCCGCCUCUGCCCUUUCCGCAUCCUCCCUGCCGCACCACAGCCACACCACUAACAGCAGUAGCAGCAGUAGCAGCAGUAACAUCUACGAUCUCGUGCGCUCAUCCUUCAACGCCUUCCGUCCCACAUCCGCCACCACCUCCACCUCCAACAGUUACCACGCCCCCACGUUGAACGACGACUUUAGUCACCUCUACAGCGGCUCCGGUGUUUCGACCGCUAGCUCCAGUCGUCCGUCGCCCUCCAGCCGGAAGUUCGCCGGAAGUAGUAAACUCGACCGCAACCGGCGUCGGACGCUGCAGGACUUCCAGUCGUUGAGGCUGUCGGAGGAGCCCGACGAGAUCUUCCCGGUGCAGCCGGCUUAUCUGCAGCUGCACCGACCGUCUUUCAUCAGUUUUGCUCAAAAUAGCCGGGAGCGGGAGCUGGAGAAGGAGAGGCAGGACCGCGAACGGGAGCGCGAAAAGGAGCGGCAACGGGAUCGCGAUCGGCUGGAACGGGAGCGUAUCAUGGGCUGCAAUUUUAGUAAUCCGCGCCGGCGUCCCAGCGGCGAAUUCACCACGUUCAAAGCCAUGUCCAGCGACAACCUCCCGGAGGUGGCGCACUCCACCUACCGACCCCUACUCUCCUCCGUGACGUCCUUCUCCUCGACGGACUCUUUCGACGGGAAGUACAGCAGCACCAGCAGUCUGAACCUUCUAGGUUCCAUGGACCGGGAUGAUGUCUUCGGGGAGCGGCGUCCCUCCCGCCCCCAGACCAUCCAGCCGCCGGCCGCCCCCGUCAAAAAAUGCAGUCCGUACGAGCGCGCCCGCUUGUCCUCGCAGGCCGGGCUCAGUCCGGCCACGAUGCCGACAGCCGAACAGAUGGCGUAUGUACCGCCGCCGAAACGGGAAGAUGGGUCAAUGAGCGCGAUGGAUUAUCGGCUGCACACGUCUCCACCAUCUUCCUUGAUCACGUGCCCAGAUCCGCUGCCCGCACCUCCCGCCCAACCGGCGGCACGUCGUCCCCGGGAGUUGGCGCGUUUCCGCUCGCUAAUUGAGAUUGACUCGUUGGCUGGUCAGUUGGCACUGCAUCCCGGCAACGCCUAUAAUCACACGGUACAGCCGCAGUUGUCGCCGCUGUCGCCCAACGGCGGCGAGACCAGCGCCGAGUCGGACACGGAGUGCACGGUGCGGCCGCAUCUCGUCAAACGGUCCGAGCGGCCGGAACGCUCCAUUCUGGACCGCAGCACCGUGCAGAUGCACCAGCCUAGUGUUGUGACGCGGGGCGGCAGUCUGCUGAUGCAGACCGAUGGAUUGGCGUAUAACGCGCACAGUCCGUCGUUAACAUCGUUCAUGCCGGUGAACGGUAAACCGGCAUCCUUCGACUCCACGGCCAGCGAUGCCGUCAACGGGAGCGCCAAUCAGUGCAGCCAGCUGUCAACAAGUGCCCCGACCGGCAGCAAGCCGGCUGCGGCAUCUGCCGCGGCACACAACGGCUCAACGAUCAAUCGGAAGAGUAACAAACUGGCCUACAGUCACUCCUUCGACGUGGCCUUUCCGCUGCCGGAUGCCGAGCCGGAGCCGGAUGCGGCGGCAACCGGCCAUGCUAACCCACUUGCCGCUGACCGCCAACAUCUCCCCAACAAUUCCCCACCGGAAACCACCCAAUUGCCCGCUGAGGUGCUGGCUGGAGCGAGUGGUCAGCCGUCAGCUGCAGCGUCAAGUCAGCAGCUGUCGACGGAGCUCAGCAACCAGAUGAAGAAUGCAGCACAGCCGGAAGAUGGCACGUCAGCCGCGCCGGCGCUGAAGAACGGAAAUGCGCUGGCAGCAGCCGAUGCGCUUCCGCUGGCUACUACGGCAGCAGCGCCCAGUAAGCCGGUAGCGGCGGCUGCCGACAGCGAGGGACAUCUCAUCUACCGAGAGGGCGACAUCGUCGGCAAUAAAUAUGAAGUCUUGGGAACGCUGGGUGAAGGAACAUUCGGCAAAGUCGUGUGCGCCAAGGCUACUAUAUCGUGUCCUAAUGGAGAUACGAAAAGCAAAGUCGUCGCGCUGAAAAUUAUCCGCAAUGUGGACAAAUACCGGGAGGCGGCUAAGCUGGAAAUUAACGUACUGCGCACCGUCCACCGCAAGGAUCCCAAAGCACAAUAUCAGUGUGUGGCGAUGUUGGACCAUUUCGAUCAUUUCGGGCACAUUUGCAUCGCUUUCGAGAUGCUGGGCAAAAGUGUAUUUGAUUUCCUGAAAGAGAAUAACUACUAUCCCUUCACCAUGGAUCAAGUACGGCAUAUCACCUACCAACUCUGCUAUUCCGUCAGCUUUCUGCAUCAGAAUCAGCUGACGCAUACCGACCUGAAACCGGAGAACAUGCUCUUCGUCAAUGAUGAGUACGAGCUGACCAAAGUCAGUAAGAAUAAGAAAAGCAAGACCAUCAGCACCGAUAACUUCUACGAUGUGCGAAGAGUGAGGGACGACACCAUCCGGCUAAUUGACUUCGGUUCGGCUACGUUCGACGAUGAGCACCAUAGUACGGUUAUCUCCACCCGGCACUACCGCGCACCGGAGGUCAUACUCGAACUGGGAUGGGCACAGCCGUGUGAUAUUUGGAGCAUCGGCUGUACUUUUGAGCUCUUCACCGGGGUCACUUUAUUCCAGACACAUGAUAACCUGGAGCAUCUGGCCAUGAUGGAACGGAUCCUGGGACCGCUGCCAUAUCGCAUGUGUAAACGCACCAAAACCUCAUUUUUUACUGAUGGCAAACUGGACUGGGAUCCUCGCAGUGCCGAUGCAUCGUACGUUCGGGACAACUGCAAACCUCUAAUGCGGUACAUGAACGUCAACAACGAGGACGAACGCCAGCUCUUCGACCUGCUGAGCCGCAUGCUGGAGUACGAGCCCACAGCGCGCAUCAAGGUCACCGACGCCCUGGCGCAUCCGUUCUUCCUCAAACUGACCGCGGAGCAGCGCAAGCACAUCUUCCCGGAGGGACGCAUCAGUAGUGGACGCAGCGCCGAAUAAGGCGCGCCACUUGUGAUAUUAUACAUAUCGGGAAUGAUACGACUGUGGUUUAUGUGUAUACUCGGUUCUUCGUACUCUUUUUGUGCCUGCCCUGCGUUCUAAGCAGGAUUUACAGUGUUUUAUUGGUUUUUGAUUUAUUGCUCAUUCAUGUUGUGCCUUUAGGAGAAAUUUUGCUUACGUUGCUUGAAAUGGCGUUUCUUAAUUAUGUUGUACCAGUUUUCUUUGAUACUUCUGGCUAUGUACAAAAAUGUGCAAGAACUCCGUAUACUGCGACAA